CUGCAAAGGAUGCCUGAGUGGCUGAGUCUCUGUCUUGCUAGUAGUAGUGAAAUCUUAUCAGUCAACCAGUGGGCGUAACGUUACGAUUCUGAUAUUAAUAACGUAUAUGAUUUAUUUGGAUCUAAAUGAAUGUAUAACUCAUCAGCCGUGUCAACUUGAAGCAGUCCGUCAGUUUAGGUCUAGUGGAUUUAACGAGUAACUCGUGUAAUUCUACUGCAAGGACGGGGUGCAGCUUCAUUCGUCUAAAGGAAAUGCAAACUCGGCUACAACUCUAGGCUGAAAAAGGUGCAAAACAGAAUCACAGAAAUGGAAUGGAACCAACUUCUAUCAGCCCUCUGGAUUCUGGCUUUCCAAGCCGUAGCAACCUCGGGUAAGCUGCCACGGAGCCCUCUAUCAGCUGACAACUACCUGGAAGGGGAUUCAGAUACCUCUGUAAGCUGUCCGUGCGAGGAUGAACUCCUGUGCCUGCCGCUGGAGGAGGCGAGGAGAAGGAAUUCCUCAGCGUCCCACGUCAAGGAGUACUUGAGGAGGUCCGAGAGAAAAGAGGUGUUCGCCUUCGUUCUCAAGUGUGACAUCAACAUCUGGUCAAAGUUCGACUGGACGAGACUGACGACGAUCGCACUGGCUGGGUUUUACGAGGCUGACCUCGUCUGCCACGCUCACCUGAAUGGGGUCAAGGUGGUCAAAUUAGGUGACAUACCCACCAGCGACCUGCCCAACCCAAAAGCUAGGUCAGACUGGGUCAAAUUGCAAGCGAGUGAUGUUGUCCUCAAGUUCCUGGACGGAAUCAACAUAGAUUACGAAGACGCCGUUGCGAGCGGAUCCGCUGAACAGGAUGGGCUGACCGCUUUGGUUAAAGAAACCACAGAAGUUUUUCACCAGGUUCUUCCAGGGUCACAGGUAUCGUUUGACGUAGCCUGGAAUGCAGGGGGCGUAGACGGCCGUUUCUACGACUACAAGGAAAUCGGCAACUAUUCAGACCUUCUCUUUAUCAUGGCCUACGACGAACAGAGCCAAAUCUUCGACCAGCCCUGCAGUGCUAGACCGAAUUCCGGCGUCUACAAGACUUCUGCAGGCAUCAAAUCCUACUUGGACCUCGGAAUCCCUCCUGAGAAACUGAUACUUGGGGUACCUUGGUAUGGCUACAACUACCCAUGUCAGGAACUGCUGCAGGAUGGAACAUGCUUGAUAAAAGAAGUACCUUUUAGAGGAGCCAACUGUAGUGAUGCUGCAGGGAAGGAGUACCCUUACAGCUAUAUGAUUGCGAUGAGGAAGAAGUACCAAGCGCCAUAUCACUGGGACAAGAACACCUUGACACCCUACUAUACGUUCAAGGAUGAAUCAGGCCAGUAUCGCCAGAUGAGAUACGACGAUGCCAGGAGCCUAGUUUACAAGUACGUCUUAGCCGUGGCAUCGGGACUUCGAGGCGUUGGGAUGUGGACAGCUAACUUCUUAGACUACUCUGACUCUUCAACGGCUGUGGAACAGCAGAGCCAGAUGUGGGGACUCCUGCCCUAAGUGACUGACAUUCUGGCCAUUUCCAGCUGUGGAGUUUUUUGCAGCAAAGUCCCAAUUCUGUGAUCUGAAGAGUCUUUCCCUUUUUCAUUGUUAUGUAGAUGUGUUUACAAGUUGGCAAGAAUUGUAGCCAUUGUGGUGAAAAGGUUGUACUAUUACAAAUAAAGAUGUUGCCGAGAGGUGUUGAGGUGUCCACUGGAUGGAAAAUAGACUGAGAUUUCAUGGACAUAGAUGGUUUGGACAUGUGAUGAGAAGUUGGGGGUGGCUUAAGGGGGUGGGAGUGUUAGUCAAAAAGUGAUAAAUAUGGAAGCAGCACCAUGAGCACCAAAUAGGAAAGUCCGGGAAUAGUGCGUGGUAGAAGACUUAGAUCAGAUGGGACCCCAGGCAAGACGUCCACAAGGCAAGAGAUAGCUGAGAGAACUCUAGCAAUUUGCGAUAGAAGCACAAAACAUCCUAAUCACUCAGUUCAUCUAAUAACUUGUCAGAUGAGUGACGGAAUCUUCAACUAGAAAAUUGAGAAGAAAUCGGAUGACAAGCACUGCAAGCAGAGGCAAGAAUGCUGACGAUUAAAGGAAGGUUUUUCCUUUCAUGAGUCAUCCAUCCUUAAACCUCAAGAUAAACAGGAACCCGAAGUGCUAAGUAAGUGCUACGUAAUAAUCACUGAAAAGGAAUUAAUUGAAGUUAACAGGACACUUUAUAACACUUAGAAUUGAGAUAUUGAUAGACUUUUACCCUGAAGCAGAGAAGAAAAUCCCUGUCUCAGCUAAUAUGAAAACAUUAUGGUUGCACUGGAAAAAAAUUAGAAUAAAAAAAGUGAAGUCUUUUGUUUGCAAGCCUUUGUCCACAUGUCAACAACUGUAAUUAUAUUUUUAAUGAAGGGAAUUAGAGGUUUAUUAUCAUGCUGGGAAACAAAUCAUCAUUAAUGUAGUUAUUUAAAGUUGUUAUCAUAUUACACGUGAGUUACGUAUUCUACAGUGUAUGGCUCAAACACUUACAUAGGAAGCUUUCAUGUUAAAGUGGUAUUUUGAAGAUUUGUCUGUACGUCUCGUUUCUGAAACCUUUUCCAUUACACAGUAUUUUAUAGGUGCUCCGCACAAGUAUUAUUUUGUUGUAGUCAAUGUCUGUUUACGUUUUGUAACACAAGUAAUUAUUAAUGUGCCAUCAUAAAAUGAUUUUCUUAAA